GAAGUAGAUCUUCGAUGUGUCUCGUAUCACUUCGUAUGUGUGUAUUUGAUUACAGCAUACUGUUGUUCGUUGCACAAUACGUUAUUUAAUUAUAAUAACUCACGAUAGGACGUAAAAGACCAGCAUAAAAUGUUCUCGCGACAUUUAAUAAACGUGAGCAGUCAAGUUUCAACGAAAUCAAACAUCACACUGCGAAAAAUACCUUGCCACAGAUCUUUUCAUGCGGCAUGCAAGUACUUGAAGAGAAACUCCGUUUUAUACAUAAGUCAGGCCCACAAAAGUCGACCUCGUGUCAACAGUGCGACUUUCGUUAGAUAUAUCAAUGUUGCUAGUACAGAUGACAAAAGUGCAACUAAAAGCAGUACAAAUAAUGAUGGUGAAUUGCUGGCUGAGAGUACACCUAUUGCAACUGACAGCGGUAUGCAAGCAGAUGUAAUCACACAAAUUCCAGAACCACCAGCACAAUUUGUACAAGAAAUAACAGAGGCCUUAAUUAGUAAUCCAACCCUUCAAGAUCUUGGGCUUGGUAGUAAUUACCCUCCAGGUUUAAUCCAGCAAUUACUUAAUUACUUGCAUACAACUUUUGACAUACCAUGGUGGGGAGCUAUAGCAAUGACUACUGUAUGUAUUAGGACACUUAUGCUUCCAAUUGUGAUCAAGAUUCAAAGGUAUGCAGCAAGAAUGCAAAAUGUACAACCCCAAAUACAGUAUAUGCAAGAGCAAAUGACAGAGGCACGUAAAAUGCAGGAUCAUUUGGAAGUUGCAAGGCUAACUGCAGAUAUGUACCAGUAUAUGAAAGAUAAGAAUGUGAAUCCUCUCACAAAUAUGUGGUUGCCCCUAAUACAGGCUCCAGUUUUUUUAUCAUUUUUCUGGGCCCUGAGAGGAAUGGUCCAACUUCCUCUUGAAAGUAUGAAAGAUGGAGGUAUGCUGUGGUUCACAGAUUUGACAGUACCAGAUCCUUACUAUUUAUUACCUGUGAUCACCAGCACAACCUUAUUCGUUACAAUUGAAAUGGGAGUAGAUACCGUACAAGCCAGUUCAAUGGCUGGUAAUAUGAAAUAUAUAAUGAGACUUUUACCUAUUAUUAUGUUUCCAUUCAUUGUGAAGUUUGAAGGAGCGAUAUUGAUUUACUGGGUGUCUACUAAUAUAUACUCAUUAUGUCAAGUGAGUAUUCUUAGAAUACCAAAAGUGAGAAAGUUUUGCCAAAUUCCUGAGAAGGUAGUGCACGACAAGAAAAUAUUCAAUAAACCAAAAAAGAAUUUCAUUGAAGGAUUUACAGAUUCAUGGACAAAUAUGAAAGUAGCAAGGGAUUUGCAAAAUCGAGAAAUUUAUGACGAAAUCGUUUUUAAAAGAGCUGGCAGAGGACCUAUCCCAAAGACAUAUAAAUAUGACCCGACAAAAGUGAUUCCGAGUCAAUCCGCGAACGCUAUUCUUUCGAAAAAGACAGAUUAGUAUACCACUAAUAAUUAAUAAAUUGCUACAGUAAUGUUAUAAGUGACAAGAAUUUUGUUAGAUAUUAAUUUUGGACUGUUGUGUAAAAUAUAGAGUUAUGUUACAUAAAAGUUUUUUCAUCCAUAGCGAAAAUGA